UCUAGGUCCACUGUACUCCGUAGCAUUCCACCUGCUCACUCGGUUAAAGGAAAUCCCUUUUUUGCAACUCGUAUAAAUAACAAGCACGUAAUAUUUGCAUUUAUGUGCGGUAUUCGUAUAUCGUCGGCGGAGUAGCGAGAUCGGAAUGACUUCGGAAGGUUUCGUUUCUCGCCCUGAAUCCGAACCAGCUGUAUGGGACGGGCUGGACUGGUCGCAUUACUUCAUAACGGGUUCCAGCAAUUUCUAAAAAAGAAAAGAAUAUAAUAUAUGCUAGGGUUUAUCAAAGUGGACUUCUGUUCUUCGAAGCAUUUGGCGGCAUGUUUAGUGUCGAGUAUUCAAUGCCCAAUUGUCAAUAAUGGCGACUAUAUCGAAUGAUACGCCUCUCUGGAGGCUGCAACAGACAUUAAAUCACAUCCUGCCGCAAUCCGUUCACAAAGAUGAAGAAAACCUAGCUAUCGUUCACGGACCCACCCAGCCAGCGCUCUGGGAGAUGACAUUAGGCGAAUUGUUAGAAUUCCAGUGUUUGCGGUAUCGUGACUUAGAAUGUGUUGUUGUUCCCUGGACGGGGGCGCGAUGGACGUAUGGUCAACUCGAGCAUGAGAGUAGCCGCCUUGCGCGUGGCCUUUUGGCAAAAGGAAUUCAACGCGGAGAUAGAAUUGGGGUUAUGGCAGGCAAUUGCGAGGAAUAUGUGUCUCUGUUUUUCGCCGCUGCCCGGGUUGGCGCAAUCCUGGUAGUCAUCAACAACACCUAUACGCAUGCUGAGUUGAUGUAUGCUCUUAACCACACAGCGUGCAAAUUGCUCUUCAUUGUUCCUCGGAUCGGCCGACACGAUCUUGAGAAGGCAUUGGAAGACCUUGACUCUCCCGAUAUUUCACAACGACUUCCAAGUCUUGAGGAAACGGUGAUGAUUCAAGGGCACUUUAGAAACUUCGGAACAUAUGAAGAUGUUGUUCUUGCCGGAAACUCCGUUCCCUUGAAUGCGGUUCAGCGACGACAAGACACCUUAUCGCCAUUCGACGUCUGCAAUCUGCAGUUCACGAGUGGUUCAACUGGAAACCCAAAAGCUUCCAUGCUAACACAUCACAAUUUGAUCAAUAACUCGCGAUUCAUCGGUGAUCGGAUGGACUUUACUCAGUACGACAUACUCUGCUGUCCGCCACCAUUAUUUCAUUGUUUUGGGCUAGUCCUAGGGCUCCUCGCCUGCAUCACGCACGGGUCCAAGGUCGUGUAUCCAGCCGAAACCUUUGACCCCGAAGCAGUAUUGAGAGCGAUAUCAGAGGAGAGGUGCACUGCACUACAUGGAGUGCCCACAAUGUUCGAAGCAAUCUUGGCACUCCCAAGACCCGAUUCAUUUGACUCCUCACAACUCCGGACAGGCAUCAUCGCAGGUGCGCCAGUGCCGCGGUCACUUAUGAAACGGCUAUGGAAUGAGCUCAAUAUGACUGAGUUCACGAGCAGCUAUGGGCUGACCGAGGCUUCUCCAACAUGCUUCAACGCAUUCACCAGCGACUCAAUUGAUACCCGGCUCACGACCGUCGGCAAAGUGCUACCGCAUGCUAGGGCCAAAAUCAUUAAUCCCGAAACAGGGGAGACUGUGAAAAUUGGGGAGCGAGGAGAACUCUGUAUGUCUGGCUAUCAAGUUCAUAAAGGAUACUGGGACAAUCCAGAAAAAUCUGCCGAGACAUUGCUAGAAGAUGAGGAUGGCACGAUUUGGUUGCGGACUGGUGACGAGGCGGUGUUCAAUUCAGAUGGGUAUUGCAGCAUCACCGGGCGCUACAAGGACAUCAUUAUUAGGGGAGGAGAAAACAUCUAUCCUCUCGAAAUUGAGGAACGCCUCACAGCACAUCCAGCUAUCUCGCGAGCUGCAGUGGUUGGGCUACCCAAUAAGCAUUACGGGGAAGUUGUCAGCGCGUUCUUGGUGCUUAAAACUGGGCAUACUUGCCCACCUGAGGAAGAAAUAAGGAAUUGGACGCGGCAGACGCUCGGAAGACAUAAGGCUCCCAAGCAUGUGUUUGUGUUUGGCUUGGAUCCAAGACUCCCGGCGGAUAUGCCACAGACUGGAAGCGGGAAGAUUCAAAAGCAAAUACUAAGGGAUCUGGGAAAGAAAUUGGUUGAGGACUGGCGUGCAGGUUAACGCAUAUAUAAUGUACUGUACAUGCAUACACACUUUAUAGACCGAAAGUAUCCAGUAUCGUCCAAAGUAGAACUUAUCUCAGGAUUUCAAACAGGUCUCUGUCUUCAAAACGAGACAAUCCGAAGCCAGACGCUCCAAAGUUUGAGGCUGGGUGAGGCUGAUAACUUAAGUUAAUACUGAUUACAUAAACGGCAACUUUUUUAAAGAGAUCUCGGGAUGGAGACAGAGCAGAGAACAAUAAAUCACAUAAAUCUAUUUAACCAUAAUUCAAUCCCAGCCUAACAGCCUUACGAAUCUUACAAUUUACUUUUGCUCUGCUUCGCCGUCCCAUUGCUAGUCACACUUCCGAAAUUCACCACCUCGAAAAACCGCACCCGCUCGCACCUCACCAUGGCAGACCUCUUGUGAGGCAGGUCUCCCCAUUUGUGAACGUGGAAGCCAUGCGCGGCAUCAUAUCCUAACACGGGCCCAUUGGCUGCGUUCGGUUCCCCGACUACACAUGUCGUGCGAGGUUCAUCAAGAAAUAUGUAAUGAAUCAGACUGGUCCACCAUGCCGUUGCCCGAUGCGGGCCGCGGAAUCGCGCAUCACCAACCAGCGAGUGUCGGCCACGAUCCCAAUCUAGGGCAGGGAACAAAUAAGUUGAAAAAAAAAAAAAAAAAAAAAAAAAAAAAAAAACUCAAACGAACAGGGGAACAGAUCAUACCUUAGCCCAAUAGAUCUCGAAAUAGGCGAAAUAAGUAUCGUUAAAUCGCGCCAAUACCGCCAUCUGGUGCGGAUCUUCAUCGAUCUUUCGCAAAUAUUCGCGAUGCUCGUCCAGCGUACCAGUCUCUUUCCAGUUGACGGCGACUCGCGGAUCAUUCUGCCAAGUAUGAAACAGCUGGAGAUGUGUCUCAUUUCUAUAGUCGAGAUGAUCCAUGGCGAAAAAUUCAUCUAGGUGCGGAAUAUACCUACUAUAUAUCGGUGCGCCACGGGCAGGCUUUGCCGGCCGGACUGGAUGUUGCGCAUGGACUGGCCGGUUUGUGAGUUGUGAUGUCAGAGUGUACUGAAGAGGGAAGGCUGGAUAUUCCGAUGGCUGCUUUCUGGCACUUCCUUCAAUCGAUGGGACAAGCCAUGCAGCCCGAGUCCCCAGUGGAGAACCUGCGCCUUGCCAGAAGGCCGCUCUAGAAACCAAAAUAUCCUCAAUUUUGCCCAACGGCUGCGGUUGAGCCGGGCUGGGGAAAUGCGUAGAAAGUCCCGUCGCAUUGCAUUCGGCGUAUAACAGGUCCUUCUGCGCGCCCGACAGAGAAAGUCGGAAGGAUUCUUCUGAUGGCCUCAUAGAGAAGAUCGCGUAGACCAUCGUCCAUAGCUGGCCAACCGUUGGUGCCGACUCUCCAUCCCAAGUCACAAAUGAUACCAUAUUGCGGCAAGCCCGCGCCCAAGCGGUGUUAUCUGAUUCGGCUGGUAAGGUAGCCUCAGGACCGGGGAUCAACUCGCUGAAGUAGAGCAUGUCGUGAUGCAACGGCUCCGGGGGGGGAAUGGCGCCAUUAUUCUGAUCGCUUGACAGUCGAAGUUGGAAAAUCCUGCCAUUAGGUCCUGAGGAAGCCUGGUACAGUUCAUAUUUUGUUUUGUACGGCUCUGGAAGCCGCACGAGCGGCAAAUCGCGCAUCUCAGGGGAGGAGCUCAUUUUUAACGUAUGAUAGCCUGUAUAGCUGUGCAAUGAUAUACGGAUCGUGGAAGCCUAACGGAAUGAAAGAAUGCAACAGCCUCAGGUUUAUCCAAUAAGUUUCAGGGAAGCCAGGGAGGUUGACUAUAGCAGGUGAGUUGUCGCACUGCUUGUCCCCAGCAAUGCAACCUUUGAAAAAGCAGACUCCAAGCGCCAUGCCGUGUAGUCGAAUGCUAGGGGCUGCAACAUGAUGCUCCAACCCCUCCUCGGUUCUUUUCCAAGAAUACCGAGAAUGUGGACUUGCAACCGACUGGUGGAUGCUUCCAACGUAUCCGUCCCGGUCGGGGGAAAAUACAGGGGUUUCCACUCAGGGGUAAAAUAGGUAUUCAAGGUAUAUUACCAUCGGUACGAAGUAUUCAAAUAAUACAGCAAUAUACGGAAUCAUCACAGCCCGAGCUGAG